AUGGGGCUCCAAGAAGUUUUCGCUUCCACUUCUCUUGAGCUCCAGGGCAUUCAUUCCGUCCGCUGGCUUUCACGGGGCGACGCAGUGCUUAGGCUUGUUGCUGUGCUUCCGGCUCUCAUCGUGAUGCUGAAGGAGUGGGACGCAAAGCUGUAUGCUCUUGUGACAAGUUACAAGUUUCAUUUCCUUCCUUUCUUCAUUGCAGACGUGCUUGAGCAGCUCAACAUCCUGAACAGGGCGUUCCAGCACAAGGAAAUCAAGCGCACAACGUCCCACAUCGAGAGCCGCUACGUUGAUUGCGGCGACGACUUCGGUGGCGGCGUGAGCGAGCUGCUGUCCCCCUUCAUUGCGUGCCAUGGGCCAGGUGGAAACCGGGAGGUGAAAGUCGAAGGGGUUGACUCAGACGGCCGUCCUGCACGCUUCACCUUCAGGCUGCAUGAGGACGAGCUGGAGGAGUUCGAAGGGCGCGGGACCCACGAUGACUGCGUGGAGGUCUGCACGGAGUUCACGGAGGUGAUCGUUCACCAACUCGAGCAUCGGCUUGGCGACCUGGAAGGGAUGUCUGGGGCAAAGCUAUUCAUCCCAGACGAGUACCCGCUGGAUCGAGUAGAGAGGAAUCGGAGGGCCUACAAGAAGCACAAGCCCCACAGCAACGCUCCACUCCCGCCUGCAGGAAAGCAUCAGAACAAGGCCAAGCUGGCAGAUGAGGUGAUGGAAGUAGAAGACAUAGAAGAGGAUAAUGAUGCAUCUGACAGUGAUGAUAAUGAUGGAUUUGAUGAGUAG